UCUUGCAUAGCCCCACAGUUAUGGAUUAGUGUUUGGGACUCAGACACAAUCUCAGUGUUUAUGUCUAGGCUGAAAUCAUAUUUGUUUAAUCAAGCCUUUUCUUAAUAAGCUUUUCUUUUAGGUAAAGGCACAGAUCUGGAGGGUUCAGGAUGUUUUGGUGAAGAGAGAUGUUUGGAUGCUGUCGCCAUAAAGAUGUCCCUGGAUGUUCAUUCCUGGAUAGCCUUAUGACUGCAAUUGCUAAGAGCAGUUUGCACUCCAGUCUCCAUCAUUGAACAUUUAAUUUAAACUUCAGUUCUGUGAACUAUUCAUCAAAGUUUUGCAACCCGCCUACGAGACUCCGCCGGGUUUGCGCCUCACUCUGUUUAUCUUCCUCACUUGUCUUUCCAUAUGCUACAUAAGGCCAACCAGACCGCCGACCAAUCAGCAUCGCCGGAAACUCCUUCCAAACAACAACGCAACGAGGGAAUCCCUGGCAACACAAACGCAAUGCGCUUUUGUAUUUUGUCAAGACAGCGAGCGGAGGCCAUUCACACCGGAUCCACGCCGUCUACAAUAAUAUCAACAAAUCUUCGACUAAGGUGCGUUAAACAACAUGUCUAACAUUCAGCUUGUUCAGUGUGUUGAGUGCAGGAUGUUUAGUCACUCUUCCUCCGUCGUUAGUAUUAACUUUAUUUGUGAUAAAUGCAUGUUAGUUAGCUCUCUGACGGAGAAGAUUGCUGCAUUAGAGGUGCGCAUCCAGUCUCUAGAGAGGGUUAGUGAGAGUGAGAGCAGCGUAGUUUCUGUAGGGGAAAGUCUGGAUGCCUUAGGCGGAGUUAGUAAUUCCCCAACUCCGGCAUUAGAGCCCUCACAGCGGGGCGAAUGGGUGACGACUCGGCGGCAUAAUCGCAAAGCCAAAGCUAACGCUAAGGCUCGCCCACAGGAGCACCACUCCUCUCCGCUUCACGUGUCCAACAGGUUUGCUCUCCUCAGUGAAGCACCCGCUGAGAAACCUGAAAGAGCUCUGGUUAUAGGUGACUCUAUCUUGCGGCACGUGAAAUUAGCUAGGCCUUUAGGGGCACCAGCAGCUUUAGUUAGGUGUAUACUGGGAGCCAGGGCGCCGGACAUAGCAGGUAAUCUUAGGGUCUUAGGCAAGCACAGGUUCUCAAAGAUAGUUAUUCAUGUAGGAGCUAAUGAUAUACGCCUUCAUCAGUCUGAGGUUACUAAGAUUAACUUGGUAGAGGUGUGUAAAUUAGCGAAGGCGAUGUCCGAUGCUGUAGUAUGCUCUGGCCCCAUCCCAAUGCGGCAUGGCGAUGUAGCUUACAGCAGGUUAUGGUCGCUGAACUGCUGGAUGUCCAGGUGGUGCUCCGAAAACAAUGUGGGCUUUAUAGAUAAUUGGACUAACUUUGAGGGCAAGGCUGGCCUGUUAGGGCGGGACGGUGUCCAUCCCACUCGGGAAGGUGCUGCUCUCAUUUCUUGCAGCAUAGCACAUAGUCUCAGAACAGGCCUAGUUAAUCGGUGACAAUCCAGGGCCAAGGCCAGGGAGCAGACAAGCAGGCUAAACCGACCGUCUGCUAGCUGCACUGAGUCGUCACUUAGGUUCCACCGUAUUGAGACUGUGUCUGUUCCCCGAGCUAAACAAAAUUAUAGACAUACUC